AUAACAGCAGGACAGGGACUCUGUGAACAUCACAAAUUUCUCACAAACUGAGCAAAGUUUACAAUGAAGAAGCAGGAACUUUUGAUUUUUAUUGUCGUACAUCUGGGAAUUUGUACUGCUAGACUAGCACUUCCAGAUUGGAAAUGCGAUAUAACUACACGUGAUACCAUUCAGCAUUGGCCUUUCAAAAAGGAUUACAAAGUCGAUGAUGUUGUGGAAUCUGUUUGCAUGGAAGGAUACAGGCUGAAGGGUUUUAAAUUAAGCCAAUGUUAUUCAUAUGGAUGGGAUCCUCCACUGCCCACUUGUGAAGAGGAUAAUUCAGAAUCAGCAAGCAAUGGAAUGAGAGAUGGAAUUCAACAUAAUUCAUUUUGUCCACAUCCCCCAAAAAUAAGAAACUCUGAAAAAAUAACUAUUAAAGAAAAUUAUGUUAAUGGAGAUACUGUGGAAAUUAAAUGUUUUCCUAACUUUAAACUACAAGGAACAAACAUUAUACACUGUGAAAAUGGAAUAUGGGCAUCCCCUCCAAAGUGCAUUUUAGAAAGAGAUGUAUGCAGAUACCCACCUACAGUGGCACACGCGAUUACUGUGAGAAAGCCCUCCUUCUUCUCACGACACUAUAUGGCAGAAUAUAAUUGUCAUUCUAAUUAUGUUCUUCAAGGAAACCCAACAGUCAGAUGUGAGAAUGGAGCAUGGGAGGAUCCACCCGUUUGUAUAGAGCCAUGUUUUGCUAAAGUGGAAGAUUUGAAAGCAAACAACAUACAGCUACAAGUGAAGCUUUCGUCUGAGCUGUACCUCAAACACGAUGAAGCCAUUGAAUUUAAAUGCUUGUCUGGAUAUGAAAUAUCUAAUUCAGACUUGCUCAGAAUAAAAUGUAACAAAGGGAUGCUAAAUUACCCAAAAUGCAUUCAGAGAGACAAACUAUUACCUUGUGGGCUACCACCAUCAAUCAACUAUGGAGACAUAAUACAAACUCUUAAAACAAAGUAUGACUCAGGUUCUGUGCUGGUGUACAAAUGUCCAUCUUUCUAUAUACUUGAAGGCAACCAAAAAAUAACAUGCUGGAAUGGAGUUUGGAGCGAUCCCCCUGUUUGUUUAGAACCCUGCACAGCAACUGAAAAGGAUAUGAGAGAAAAUAAUAUCCAAUUACAAUGGACAUCAGCACAGAAAAUCUAUUCUCUGCAUAAUGAUAUCAUUGAAUUUAAGUGUAUUCCUCAAUAUAUGAUAUCAGAUCCCAAACUGCUUAGAGUUACGUGUAAUAGAGGAGUGCUUAAUUACCCUAAAUGUUUCAAGCCAGGAACAGACCAAAAUAAAGAGCCCGAAAAACCCGAUCUGGAUGACGAAAAGCUUGACCUUCUGCUUCAAGACUGGAUACCAAGAAUUGUCAAAGAAACUUGUGAUGCUCCCCCAGAGGUUCCAAAUGGAAAGCUUAAAACCAAACAACAAGCAAGUUAUGAUUCUGGUUUCUCUGUGGAGUUUGAAUGCAAUGCAGAUUUUGUAAUCAGCGGGACCAUGUUAAAUGUGAGAAGGGACAAUGGUCUGAUCCCCCUCAAUGUACUCAGGGAUGCAGAGUUUCUAUAGGAGACCUCGAUAAAAAUAAUGUUGUGUUAUACUCUUCGGAUGAUCUGAAGAGUGUCCAUAUGGAAGGCUCGGAAGUAAGACUUAGGUGUAAACCAGGAUUCCGUCGAUCAUUUCAUGCAUCUCUUACGGCUGAAUGUAAUAAUGGAAAAAUGAGAUAUGAAAGAUGCUUUUCUAAACCAACCUGUCGCCUAAACCAAGACAUGCUUGAUGUGAAUAACGUGGAACUGGAUCCUGUACAUGAAAAUGAAAUUUAUUACGAGGAGGGUGAAAAUGUUAAGUUCAGAUGCAAAGAGGGUUUUUUUAGUAAGGACAUAACUGGAAGAUGUUCAAACAGAGUUCUCAGCUAUCCAAUAUGUGAGGAACUGCGAUCAGAAUGAUGAGAAAACAACCAACAAGAUAGCGAUGUGAUAAAUAUGUUUUAAAGCCUGUGUGGUAUUCUCUUCUAAGAGAGCUUUAAACACCAACGGAUGUAUACAUUUGUGAAAUGGUAACUGUUUAAGUAUGAAUUCAAUUUAGUUACAAAAUACAGUAAGUGCAAGUAUGUUGAUUGUAUGUCUUAGCUGUUUCCUUUAAUUGUCAGGUUAUUCUAUAAAAUAUAUAUCUCAUUAAAAGUCAAAAUGAUUAUUGCAAGUCAAAAAAUCUGCUUAUUCUAAACAAAAUUAUGCAAUUCCAAAUAACUUGACUUCUAACACAUCAUAAUUUAAUGAUACGGUGUUCAGUAAUAACUAAAGCUUAAUUUAAGAUUCUGGUGCUUGCUUACAAGUCCCUACAUAAUGCUGCUCCAACCUACCUAUCCUCCCUAAUACACAAGUCUGACCCGUUAAGGCCCCUGUGUUCUGCUGAAGACCUACGUCUAUCAUCUAUCCGUACUCCCACAUCUGAUGCUCGCCUCCAAGACUUCUCAAGGCUGCACCUUUUCUGUGGAACUCUCGUAACCUUCUCCGCUAGACCUUUACCCAGUCUCCACUCCUUUAAAAAAUCUUUGAAAACACACUUCUUCAGGAAAGCAUAUCAUUUAAACUGUU